UCCCAGGCCGCACGUCGGUGGCGGCAAGGCACCAGACUUGCGGUGGCCGUGUUCAGUUGACUGGCCUGUGGAAGGACAGCUGGCAGCUCACGUGGUCUGAAGUCAACAACAAACUCAGACUGACACGUGGGUCCGUUCUAGAUGAGUGCGAGUAACUUUAGGAGUAAGAGCUGGCUGCCGGAGAAAAGGCACGAAUGAUGAGCUAGACUUUGGGUGUGGACAAGCAGCGAGCUACAUCAGAAAAAAAAGUUCCUCCCUUGUUUGUCCACGCGGGUUUUUUUACUCUGUCGAAAUUACAAACAACAAAAUGAAUUAAAAUGCAAAUAUAAGGCAUUCAGAAGAUGCAUUCAAAGAUAUGUAGUAUUCCAAACUGGUCAGCAAUGUCACAUUGAUGAGAUAAUAGCCACCACAGGAAGUACACUGCCCAGAAGGAACUCUCCCAAAGCUAACAUGUGUGUUAUGUCUUAUUUAUGUCUUAUAGAUCAUGUUUUCUAUCAAAAAUUGCAAGCACUAGAUAAGGGGAAAACAGGAUGGUCCAAAAAAGUGAGGUUAGUCCUUUGUCAGGUGGGCAUUAUGAACUGCAGCAUUGUCCUCUUGAAGAGUCUUCAGUCAUGAGGGAUGCCCCCCGCAACAUCUCAUAGCCAGCCGCCGUUUGACGCCCCUACACAAACUGAUGCUCCAUUGUUCCAUUGAAGGGAAAAACACCCCAGAUGCCGUCUAAUGGUUAUUGGACUACACUCGGCAGCAGUAACCACAUUCAUUUGGGCCUAGGAUUGUUCCUUGUCGUGACAGAAACGGAUCCAACGGAUCCCCUGGCUCAGGGCGGGUGACAUUUUUUUGGGUCAACCACUUGGCUUUUUUUGUUCCAUAACUGUCAUGAUGUUUGAAGAAGUUUCAAAUGAUCGUCUUACUGCGUCCAACAGCAGCAGUACACAGUUAAGAUUGACUCUUAUGCAGCUCAACAAUCCGACCGUUUUCAAAGAGAGAAAGCUUUUUUGCCUUUGCCAUCAAUGGCAAAUGAUCAUGUUGAUCAUUAUCAUGUGAAUUACCAGUCAGAAAAUGACUUCUUGUGUUUGUUAUUUUGGUCUUUUGGACCAAAAGAUUUGGACCAAAUGGAGCUUGUUAGGCGUAUUAUUAUAUAUUAUAAUAUUAUAAAGAUAGUGUUUCAUUAUAUAAUAUAAAUAUAGUAUCCGCCCAUUUACAUGUCGAAUACGAAAACAUUGAAUUACAGCAGAUUCUGUUGCAUAUUGGCCAACGGGCGCAAUCAUCAUGAAUUGUGUAUCUGUCGUCCGACUUUGUUUACAGUUACAGUUUCAUGAGGUCAAAUGUAUUACAGCUGUUCCCUCAUUAUGCUUGUAGAACAAAGCGGGAGGGAAAUGCGGUGCUGCUAAGUGACAUGCUCGGACUACAAAUAGCAACACAGAACCUUCUAAUCUUCCAGUCUUUAACUUGUUUUUUGCUGAAAGUUGACAAUAGUAAAUUGGAAGUACUAUACACCCCUCUCUUUGGAAUCCAUAGAGUUGCUCUUGGAGCACAGUAUGUGGGAAAAAGUGAUGGAAUGUCGCAUUAUAUUUUAACAUAUCAAUAUAAAGCAUCCACCCUCGGCCAUCUCUGUGCGGUGUUUGCAUGUUCUCCCUGUGCAUGCGUGGGUUUUCUCUGGUCAAAAUGACCACAAUUGAGAUUGUUUGGACCUCCUCUUGAUUUGAGCUCGUCCUGAUUUAAAAAAUCAGCUCCUGGCUCUGGAGACGAUAGAACCUGCAUUCCCAGACUCAAAGGUAUGGACAAAGAGCUCAAGUUUUUCAUCUCCCAAUUACAGCUGCACAACCACCAGGACGCUGAAAGAGCCAGUUGGUUGUGCUAUUCUCAGCUCAGGAACUCCAUUCUGAAGGGUAAUUACGGUCAGAAACGCAUGUUUACUGAGCAAAGGAAGCUCACGUCAACACUUGGCUUGGGAAGAAGGGACCGACUGUGAUGGGGGAGCUGGGAAUAACGACAGAUAAUGAGACAGAGGGAGGAGUAGCUGCAAGGAAGGGAGACAACUUUAAGGGAAGACAGUUGAGAGGGGGAAAAAAACAUCAUCACUUUUGCAAAAGUAGCUAUCGAGCAUCCAGGAUGGGAACCCACACUGAGCAGGACACUGGGUUACCAGACACGGAUAUAUUUAUUUUAUUUGGAUAUUCAAAAUAAAAAGCUAUGCCUCUGAGCGGCUCUUUUCGGAGACAUUUAACCUGCCUGCGUUCAACUUGGAGGUGGAGCACAGGUCACUUGGUCAACAAGGGCUCCACAAGGUCCUGCAAGAGUGCCGAAAUAAAGCGAAAGCAGUCACGGAGUCAGAGUAUGGUUCAGGCCAUGGAGGAGAGCUAUGAGGUGGACCUCAUUUACAUCACAGAAAGGAUCAUCUCCCUCUCUUUCCCCGGCGCUGCCGAGGAGCACAGCUACACCGCCCACCUCAAGGAGGUGGCGGCCAUGCUGCGCUCCAAACACAGCAACCACUAUCUGGUGCUCAACCUGAGCGAGUUGAGGAAUGAUCUCGCAAAGCUAAACCCCAAGGUCCUAGAGUUUGGUUGGCCAGACCACCACGCGCCGCCACUGGACAAGAUCUGCAGUAUGUGCAAGGCCAUCGACAUGUGGCUCAACGGCGACCUGCACAAUGUGGUGGUGCUUCACAACAAAGGGAACCGGGGUCGCACGGGGGUGGUGGUGGCCGCCUACAUGCACUACAGCAACAUAUCGGCAAGCGCUGACCAAGCGUUGGACAGGUUCGCCAUGAGGCGCUUCUAUGAGGACAAAGCACUUCCUGUUGGUCAGCCGUCGCAAAGAAGGUAUGUGCAAUACUUCAAUGGACUUUUGUCCGGCCAGAUCAAAAUCAACAACAAGCCCCUAUUCCUGCAUCAUGUCAUCAUGCACGGCAUUCCCAACUUUGAGUCCAAAGGAGGAUGCCGGCCCUUUCUGAAAAUCUACCAAGCGAUGCAGCCAGUCUAUACAUCGGGAAUAUACAACGUGCAGGGAGAUGGCAACACCAGCAUCUGCAUCACCAUCGAGCCCGGCCUCCUGCUAAAAGGUGACAUCCUGCUGAAAUGUUACCACAAGCGCUACAGAAACCCCACCAGGGAUGUUGUGUUCAGAGUUCAGUUCCACACGUGCGCCAUCCACGACCUCGGGGUGGUGUUUGGAAAGAGCGAGCUGGACGAGACGUUCAAAGAUGAGAGAUUUCCUGAAUAUGGGAAGGUGGAGUUUGUCUUUUCGUACGGUCCGGAAAAAAUCAAAGGCCUGAGUCACCUGGAGAAUGGCCCCAGCGUUUGUGUGGACUACAACACCCAGGAUGCUCUGAUCCGUUGGGACUCAUAUGAGAACUUCAGCCACCGCUGCGAAGGCACUGUGGAUGAAGAGCAUGAUGUUGUUCACACUCAUGGUCCUCUUGAUGGCAGCCUGUAUGCACGGGUCCGUAAGAAAGACUCCCUGGAGGGAGUGGUCACCAUCAAUGGCCUCCCAGUCCAUGAAAACCUCCUGACUGCCACGGAAAACCCUUUGAGGCACCCAAACCACCAACUUCAAACCACAGAGCAUACUGUUCCUGUAACAGGCCAUGCCUCUCUCCCUGCUGUUGACCACACCCUCUCUGUGAGCAGCGACUCGGGCAACUCCACCGCCUCCAUCAAGACUGACCGUACCGAGGAACAUAGUCAGUCCCUGCAGGGUGGCUCAAGCCAUGGUAACCCAGUACCAAGUCACCCCUCCCUCAGUCCGCAUGAGAAGAAAGAACUUGAUCAGCUUCUGAGUGGACUUGAGGCUCCUGUUCAUCAACGACAAGCAUAUCUGUCCACUUCAGCCAGUCCAGGAGGGGGUGUCCGGCACCUCGUCCCUGCACAGGUGCAUGUCAACGGGGCCCACGCCAGGCUUACUGGUGCCGCUUCGGCAGAGGAACGUGAGACAGAUAUUCUUGACGACGAGCUGCCCAACAGCCAAGAGGGUAAUAGCGUGGACAGUUUGGGUACGCUCUCGUCCUUAGAGGGCCAGGCAACACCAGCAGACAUCUACUAUCAGUCAGAAGCCCCCCUGAGAGCUCAAAGGGACGGGUCCUACCUUGAGAGAGGUCUUCUCAGUGAAAAGUCGAAUGAGAUGCCUGUGCACGGAAUACAAACACCCACUGCAAUGCAGGAGCGCAGCCCCUCGGUGUCCCCACAAGGGGGGUACAACACCUACCAGAAUGGGAGCGGAAUGUAUCGCUCACAGUCUUUUGGUAACCCGCCUCCAAGCAGCCCGGAGGCCAACCCUAAGCUGAUGCCCAGGGCACCAGAGAGGAGCACCAGUAGCCGGGAUGCUGUUCAAAGAGGUCUCAAUACGUGGCAUCAGUACAGCCUGCCAGAUGAUCCUUUUGGCCCCCCCCUUCAGUCCACCCAUAGCUUGCCACAUUUCCCCUCCUCCGCUUCUCAAAGGGACAUUGAGCAGUCAAUUGAGGCCCUCAACAUGCUCAUGCUAGACCUGGACCCCAUCAACUCCCAAAUGUCCAAGUCAUACAGUGCUCCUCCUGGGGAAAAUACCCUCCAUUCAUCGCAGGCACCCUUCUCCCAGACACUCACAAGGCCCUCGUUCCAGGCAGACUUUGCCAUCCACGGCUAUAGCACCUCUGGGUCGUUCAACAACACCUUCCAUCAGCCCCCACACUCUGGGAGAACCUUUCCCACCCAGAGCCCGGUUUUGGAGUCUCCAGGGUACUCUCCACAAAGGCCCAGCCCCACCUACCAACAGCAGAACACCACCCCGACACACACACCUGAACCCUACAUGCACACACGCCAAGGGCAGCACUUCCCCUCAGAUCCCUCCUCAACCGCCCAACAGCCGCUAAAGCCUGUGAACUCUUACACAGCCGGCGUCACCUCUCACUCCCCGGACCCGCAGGGCUCAUCACCCUAUCCAGGCUGCAGUGAGUCCUCCUCCCCUCUUCCCGCUCUCACCCCUCAGCCUAAGGACACCUCCUCUUCCUCUUUGGCCCGAGUACAAGAUGCAGAGGAGGAGACUCUGAACCUGGAGGGCCUGGUGGCUCACCGCAUCGCUGAAUACAACGCUCGCAUCCAGGGCAUCAGUGAAAGCAUGACACCGCAACAAUCUGACCGCCAUCGCUCCUAUUCCUUCUCUGGGAUGCGUUCCAGGGGAAUAACCCCGGAGGUGAGCCAGGGGACGGGUCGGCGUCGGACCACCAGUGAGGGUCAGUACCAGAGUGGCCGUGACAGCAGGUCGACGGGCCCUUCGCCAGACUUCAACAGUCUGUCCCACAACCCUGGGGGAAGACCCAGAGAGGGUCCAGCGCACGGCUACAGGGAGGCUUUUGAAGACGAUAGGUUUGCCAACAACAGUCCCACUUUGCGAGGCUGUGCACGCUCCCAACCUGGGUGGACGUCAGCACCCGGAGUGAAUCCUCACCAAAAGGUCACAUCCGACUCAGAUUGUAGUGAUGGAGAGCAAGAUAAUCGUGGUUUUGUGGAAUUUCGAGCACAGCAGUUCAGCGCUCCUCCCACCUCCAGCAGUGCUGAUGGGAGGUAUGUUUCUUCAGACCACAGUCCAGCACCGUUUUACUCUCAAAGACCUGCCUCCCCUGAUGGCGCCCAGGUCAACAUUAUGGGGGUCCACACCGUCCCCGGUAGCCCCAAUACCCUCCACCGCACAGUAGCCACCAACACGCCCCCGAGCCCUGCCCUCCAAAGGCGCCUUGGCCAAGCCAGUCCCUCGCCUGUCCGACACACGCCCCCCCCAGGCAGCAGCAGGGAUAACAUCCCAUCCAGUCCCCUAAUUGGCAGAAACCCCAAAACAGCAGGCGCCAGUGUGCCACCGCCCAGCCCCCUGAUGGGGCGGCACGCAGCAGGGAGCGGCCACAGUACCCCUGAUGAGUUGGGGGCCACUUCUCGUCAGGCGCAGCCACCUUGCACACCCGCCUUUCCCGUCUCUCCCCAACUGCCAGAGAAGAAGAACGCCAGCAGUGUGGGCGUAGAGAGAACGGAAAACAAGAACCUGGUGCUGGAUGGUGGUGGGUCAAACCUGACCGGGACACUCUCAGACGCCUCCAAGUCUAUUUAUGAUGGUUAUCCGGACAUCAAGAUGAACGUCAAGUUUGUCCAGGACACGUCCAAGUUCUGGUACAAGCCCGACAUUUCCCGGGAGCAAGCCAUUAAUGUGCUGAAGGACAGGGAGCCCGGCGCCUUCGUCAUCAGGGACAGCCACUCCUUCCGCGGGGCUUACGGUCUUGCCUUGAAAGUGGCUUGCCCACCACCGAUGGUGCAGCAAAGCAAAAAAGCCGGAGAUCUGACCAACGAGCUUGUGAGACACUUCCUGAUUGAGACGAGCCCCAAAGGUGUCCGUCUGAAGGGCUGCCCCAACGAGCCCUACUUCGGUUGCCUCUCCGCGCUGGUCUACCAGCACUCCAUGACGCCUCUGGCGCUGCCCUGCAAGCUCAUGAUCCCCACCAAAGACCCCAAUGAAGAGGCGCUGGAACUGGCCACACCCACCGACCCAGUUGUGGAGCUUCUGAAGCAAGGAACAGCUCCGAAGGUUCCAGAGGAGUCCUAUGCAUGCAACGUGCUCUAUAUUAACUCGGUGGACAUGGAGUCCCUGACCGGCCCCCAGGCCAUUGGCAAGGCCAUCAGUCAGACCCUGGCGACCAAUCCUCUGCCCGCCGCCACCGCCGUCCACUGCAAAGUCUCCCCGCAGGGCAUCACGUUGACAGACAGCCACAGAAAGAUCUUCUUCCGGCGACAUUAUCCCCUAACCACCAUAACCUACUGUGACACCGACCCCCAGGACAGGAGGUGGGGCAAGGAGGGCGGCGGUUCAGUCAGGCUUUUCGGCUUUGUGGCGAGGAAACAAGGAAGCACAACCGACAAUGUCAGCCACCUGUUUGCAGAGCUGGACGCCGACCAGCCCGCCUCGGCCAUCGUCAGUUUCAUCGGCAAUAUGAUGCGGCGGUGAAAUGCCCCCCUCCCUUAUCAUUUUGAUGAUUUUCUCUCUGGGAUUCGACGAUGUCCUCUUCUUUUCUCAUUUCCCUUUUUUUUGCCUUACUGGUUCGGUCGACGUGUUCCACGCGUCUUUUUGAGGGAGCUGUCGGAUGUGAUGAACGCGGAGGACGGCGGCAUUGGUAAGUGUGGACGUGAGACGUUUCAGGGUCGUUCUCUUGCUUUUUGCUCUUGAUUGUUUUUAACCAAAGCGCAAGAAUGACGUAGCAACGAAGCCAUUCUUUUUAUUUCCUCCUUUAAAAGACGGACACACAAAAAAGAAAAGAAAUCCUUUCUUCUUGACUUGGUCUUCAGGAAAAAAAAAAUGUAAAAAGUUGGCCUGGAUGGCUUUUGACGGAACAUUGUCUGAAGACGUUAUGCAUGUUAGCUUGACCUUUAAGCUUGGUUCUCCUCCCUUCCACCAACCCUGGUCAAACCCUGGAGUGGACUUUUCUGGUUCUGCUUUGUGUUAGAAAGGGCUCUGCGGUGAAACGGCGACUGAUCUAAACUGCACAUAUCAGACCAGAACUCGAAAAAAAGAAAGAAAAAAAGCCACACUAAGCCCCUCCCUCCCUGAAAGACACUUCUUCACUGCAAGCGACUGGUGACUUUGAUACGACUGGCCACAGGGUGGCGCCACCCAGUCAGGCUUGCACUGAACGACACUGGAAAGCACCUCCAGGAACCCAAACCUGGACCUAUGCACUGUUGUUUCUGCAUGCUGUUCCUCCCUCAUAGCUGCAUUCACUGAAAACAUUCUAUGCUGUGUUCCACUUAGACACUGUGGCUGUUUGACUUGUCAGAGACUGCAUGAAGUAGACUUUGUUUUUAAAUGCCCCUCUGAUAUGGAGCCAUAUUAGGGCCCAACUUUUAUGUACUUGAAAAAAAUGGAAAAAACAUGAAACACAAUAUUCAAGUUGGAUGUUGGCUUUGGAAAAAUACAUCAGCAUAUUCAAAUGUGCAGAAAAUUAUAAUUAGUAAAAUUACAAUACAAUUACAUUUGUAUUUAAAAACAUUUUAAAUAAUUUUAAAUUAAUUGAAUAAAAAAGUAAAUUUAAAUAAAUAUAUUUUGAGAAUCAUCUGGCUUUUCCAAAUAAAAGUAAAUUUACUACAAAUUAUUACUCAAAAUUUAAUUAAAAUGAUGAAAAAAGUAAUAUUUUGAUAAAUAUAUUUAAUAAUAAUUGAAACUGGAAAACUAUUUUAAGUUUUGAGUUUUUUAUUUUUUAAGUAAUUUAAAUGUACUAUAAAUUAAAUUAAAAGUACAUUGAAAUGCAUGUACAAAUUAAAAUUAAAUUAAUUAAAUUAAAAUUAAAUAAAUUAAAAUUAAAAUACAAAAAUAUUUUUAAAAAAUUUUAAUAAAUAAAAAUAUAUAAUUAAAUUACAAUUUCAUAAAAUUUUAAUACAAUACAAAUUGAAUGCAUGAAAUUGUAUCAGGCAAUGUAUGACAUAAACAUGACUGAAUAAAUUAUUAUUUUUAAUUUUGUUAACUUUCAUACAUUUUACAACAAAUGAAUGUUCACGUGCGCCCCCUCCCCAUGAAAGGACACAUACACAUAAUGUUAGCCUAGCGCUAGUUGCAUCCUCACUGCCGUCUGUUGGCUAUUUCACGUUUUUGUCCCGCACACCAUGCACACUCACACCAUUGGUGCAAAUUAUUCUGGCAGCAUGUUGGAAUUGUUUAGUUCCUAUCUUCAGAGUUGCACUGGAAGAAGCUCUCACACAAGCUUAAGUUUCACUCCACACUCUUACUUUACUUUCCAAAUUCAACAUCUGAACUUGAAUAUUCCGUGUAAAAUUGUGUCCUUGGCCCUGAUAUAGCUCCACACUCUCGAGUCCUCAACCAGACGUAGACAACCCAUCUUUUUUUGUGGUCCGACUGAGGCGGGCUUAAUCUUUCACCGCCACGGUUCCGUCUCUGUGUUUGUUUCCACCGUGUUGUCAGAAAAGGCAUUUAGAUAUUUUUAGCAGGAGAAGAAGAAAAAAAGUGCACAAUUGCGCACACUGGAGCAUCUACAAUAAGAGGAUAGAUAUAAAUGUACAUAGAUGAACUACUUUGACAGGUGACUUAGCGAAAAGUAUUUAUUUUUGUUGCUUUGGUCCCUCAUGAGUACUCAUAUUAUGCAUAUAUUGUACAGUCUAGAUAAAGAGAUGAGUCCAGAAAAAAUCUAUACUUAUUUUGGCUAAUGAUUUCAAAGUCUGAGGAAGGAUUUUGAAUAUAUUGUGUACAUGACUUUGUACAUGUUUGUUUUGGCUCAUCUUGUUUGUCAUCUUGCAUGGACAGAAGCGUUGGCGGGAAUCUUUUAGAACUAAUUGUAGCAGGUAGAUCUUUGCAGAUUUUCACACAAAAAAAACAGGUAAAAGAGGCCAAGCUCAAAUGCAAUAUAUGUAGAAAAAAAAAAAACAGUGUGCGCCCAUGACAGUUAUAGUUUUUGCCAAAGAGUCACACGAGCUGCUUUUUCUGUCUGGUUGCCAUAUUUCAUGCAAAAGAACCCACGCAGCACAGAGCUCAAUUUGUUACACAGGGAGCUUUACAUGUGUGCACUGAGACAUUAUUGAUGUCUUUUUCUUUUAAAAUUCAUGUCCCUGGAGGCCUCCUGAGUUGGUGUAGCACUUAACUUAAAAGCAGCAGAGAAGCGCCGGCAAUUCAACAUGCAAAAAGCUCUAUCACACCUACCAGACGUCAAUGAUUUAUUUAUUCUUAUUUAUUUCUUUUCCUUCCAUCAUGUGUGUCGUGUGGAAGCAGAGCCGUUCUCUUUUCUUUUCUUUUUUUUUAUUUUUUACAAGUGCUAGAAAGUGUCCAGAAAGACAUCUGAACUGUAUGAAUGUGCAAAAAGACAUCGGGAUUGUUAUUGUCCUUCUCAUUCUUCAUUCUAUCAUUAUGGCUUAAUUGUUCCUGAGGAGAAGAAAAAAAAAAACAUUAAAGCAAUACAAGUCUGUCAAGGUUAUGAGUGUCGUUA